UACCGGAGUUGUCCGGUUGCUCACCUCAAAAAUUGUGUUGCAUCGUUAGUUUCGGCCAAAACCAGUGUUUCUCACGUUUAGACUAAUGAUGCUGUCCAUGUUUUUUUUUUUGGUGCGGAAGUUAGCUUAGCUAACAUAUUUAGCCAUGUCGUGCAGAACUAACGUUAGCUAACGCUACAUAGGUUAGCUUACUAAGCCGAAGUGUGGUUUUCUCAAAAAUAAUUCUCAUUGUGUACAUUGUGGUAGUCGUGCAAGCAGUCUUACCCAUGCCGUUUGAAUAACCACUAUUACAUUAGCUAUGGCUUUCUCACGUUUCUAGGUGUUAAUUAUGCUAGCUAACCGCUAGCUAAGUUAGCUAACAAUGCAUCAGGAAUGUGAGCCCAGGUAUCGCCAACGUUACACGAGCUUAACCUACCAGGUCUGCGCUUUACCCAGUCCUGCUAUACGUGUUCUAGUAUGUGUUUACACGUGUCUUCUGUGCUAAACAGGGGGAGGCAGUCUGCCUGCCUUGGACUUAAACAUCUGUAGCUACUUGAGCGUGGUCUGCGUUCCCUAACGUAGAGGGAGAAUUUUUCCCUCAUUUAGCCAGAGAGAAUCCCUCUCUUACUAGUGGGUGGGAAAAAAAAAAAAAAAAAAAAAAGUUCCCAGGAGCCAUGGGAAAGAAGAACCAGAACCGUGAAGAGGAGGAGUCUGCGUCCUCGGACGAAGAGGAAUACGUGGUAGAGAAAGUCUUGGAUAGGAGGGUUGUGAAAGGCCGUGUGGAGUAUUUUCUUAAGUGGAAGGGUUUUACAGAUAAACACAACACUUGGGAGCCAGAGAAGAACCUGGACUGCCCGGAUCUCAUCGCAGAUUUCAUGAAGACGUAUAAAAAGGGCAGCAGUACUACCAGCACUCCCAGUAGUGGGGCUAAAUCGUCCACCACAGGCCCAUCUGGGGCCCGCUCAAAAGACAGCAGCAGCAAGAGGAGAAACUCGGACGAAGAGGAGGAGGGCGGCAGCAAGCCAAAACGGAAAAAAGAGGAAGAGAUCCUUGUUGCAAGAGGCUUUGAAAGAGGCCUGGAGCCAGAGAAGAUCAUUGGUGCGACAGACUCUUGUGGAGACCUCAUGUUUUUAAUGAAGUGGAAGGACUCAGACGAGGCGGAUCUUGUGCUAGCGAAGGAGGCCAAUCAUAAGUGCCCACAGAUUGUCAUUGCCUUCUACGAGGAGCGUCUCACUUGGCACGAAGAUGGAGAGAAGAAGGAGAAGGGUGCUGCAGCGGUGUAAGAGGGCCAGAGGGGGGUGUGAGGAUAUCCCACCCAGACUUCCUCCCAACACCCCCUCUCCCGCCCCCACGCCGCCGCCCCCCCCACCCCGGAGACAGACACGAGUGCACUCACAGUCCGCCCUUUGUUAUGGACCAUUUUAAAAACACCACCAGCCUCCUAGCAAUGGGAGGUUGCUACCCACUUUAUUACGGUCUCCUUUCAUCCCUCAUGUAAAAAAGCAACUCUUACCAACUCUCACCAUCAAGAAUUGAGGGACUAUCAAGUGAUUGAGGACUGUGGCAAGAGCUUUUUGGGGACUGGAUAUGUUAGACUGGUGGAAUCAUGUGUUUCUCUCUUAAUUCUUGCAGAGCUUCACCCUGUUUUUCAUGUUUUAAGUAUUUGUGCCCCCCCCAACCCCAUGGUUAUGUUCUUAUGAUGUGUGACAGUGUGAUAGAGUAGAUGUUGAAUACAGCAAAUGGCAACAUUUCUACACAGAUGCCAUUUUUGUUGUCCUUAUCAAUACAGCAAGUUUUUGGGUUGAGAUGGUCAUUCUCCAUCUGCAGUGCUGGAUUAGUUAGAGGACCGGUUUUCUUCCUUUUUUUUAUUUUGGUGAGCAUGCCAAAUGACGGUUGCCCUUUGUAUGCAUUCCUCUUACAGAAUCGCUCUCCAUCUUGAGGAAUGUUUGGAAUAUGUAGGACCCUGAGGAAGCUUUUUAAACUUCAAAAUUGUCCUUAAGGCCCUUUACACAUGUCGUAUUUUAGCCAUAUCUGUAUUUUUUGGGGCUUUUUAAAACAUGAAUGUCAAUUCUCUCCAACCUCUUGGCGUUUAAAAAUGUCAGCUUUUAUUUAAUUUCAUAAGCAUUUCAACAUGUUUGGCUUGCGAAAUCUGAUCAUCUUUGACCUUCACAUGUCUGAUUGCCUGUCUUCAUAGUUAUUAAUGGGCAUGCUUGUGUCUAGACCAACUUAGGAGAUCAGACGAGUAUAAUUUUGUGUUUAUGCAGGGACGUUCCUUUUGUGAUUCAGAAGUUGGUGUCCAUCAUGGUCAGACCCAGAGGCUCCACCUUGUGGUCAACUUGCUGAUAAUGUCAAGCAUCGAACUUCAUGAUGAUGUAGAGUAGACUGUGACCAUAUCACUGUUUACCCUUUCUCUGGCCAUUUUUAAAAGGGUUUAGCAGAUUUGUCAGAUUCUCAUUUUAGUUCUGUUAAAUAGUUAAGUAAACUUUACUUAAAUUGUCCAAUUAAAUGGUCUUUUAACGGGGUUAUGAUCUCAGGUGUGCAAUUCUGUGUUUGUAGAGCCACUGGACAAAUGAUGCCCCAUUUAAAAAAAAAAAAAAAGAUAAAAAAAAGAAGAAAAAGAAAAGAAAAGGAAAAAAACCCUGAUCUUCGUUGACCCGACAGAGCUACUCCUUCUGAUUCAAGUAAAAUGUAGUCAGAUGAUGUUUGUAUUAGAUUAAUUGCCACCCACUCUGUACUAGCUUCUUGGAACAUUUUCUUAGCUGUUCUUGUGUUCUCUGUCUCCACCUUGGCGGCACCUUUUUAAAAAGGGGGUCUGCCCUUUUAAACUUGCUAAAAGGCUACUUUUAGACAGCGUAUUGAAACAGACUCGCGCGAUUUUGUGACGAUUUUUACGCACCACUGAUUGUAAUGACUGAGUCUGUGUAUGCAUAGUUAAAAUCAGAAAGAGAGAAGAAUUUCAAGGCAAAGAUCAGAUGUUCUUCGGCUUUCUGUCUAAACGACACUGUAACAGGGUUGUGCAUAUAUCUCUUGCAACUGUAUUGCUCCACUCUUCGUUUUGUCCUUUUGUUUUAUAUGUCUUCGUGUUCUGUUACUUUCAUGUUACGAAAGUACCCGUCCCAUGGCCGAUCAUUUUAUAAAAAGAUGUCCAUUCAAUCAAGUGUUUUCAAAACAUGCUUUUGAUGUCUUUUACCAGUUGAUCCAUUUUUUAAAAAAAUGUCUUGUAUCAAAUUGUAGUAAACCUAGUUUUCAACACAUUUGAUUGCUUUUUUUUUUUUUUUUUUUUUUUUUUAGUAUCAUUCAAACAGGCUGACAUAGUGAUUGGACUGUUCUUAAGGAUAGACAUCUUAAGUCUAAGUGGGUGAAUUUUGGGUCAUUGUGCAUUUUUCUUUUCCCAGAUACGCAAAGGCAGUGCUUCACUUUUCCAGCAGAUGGUGCUAUUCCACUAUGCUCUAUCAUUUAUAGACGUGACAUCUUAGCAAAGCCCACAAUAUCACAAAGGAUAGUCCUGUUUUUGAUGGGAUUUGUUGCAUUGAUUCUUUGUGUUGGUGUAAACUGUACAUUUUAAUCUCGAGCAGUAAGUGAAACAAAAUGCCUCUGGAUUAUGUACAUAUACGGACCAAAAAGACUACAGUUCACUGGCUUUGUUUUUUUUUCUUGUAUCAGUAAUACCAUGAAUGCUGUUUAUCUUUGAUUUUGACUAGUUCUGCGCUGCCUACUAGUAGUAAAGGAAAAAAAAACCCGUUUCUAUUGAUCUUCACGUAAGAACGUUUCAACCCACGUCCUGCUCAUCUGUGAAAUAUCAUCUGUGAACUAUCUUUGUUCUCUUGGUUUGUACAUGCAGACAUGUAGUCAAAAAUGUCAAGUCACCAAAAUAAAUCAAUAAAUAAAACGUAUGAUUCUCA